AUGUUUUUGAAAAAAUUUUACAAAAACAUAUCAUUAUAUUUAGAUAAAAAAAAUAACCAAAGUGUAGUUAAUUGUGGUGGUGUUUGCUCACAAAAUGCAGUAUGUGAAGAAGGUUCUUGUAUUUGUAUAGAAGGAUUUAUAGGUAAUGGAAUGGAAUGUGAAGAUAAAGAUGAAUGUGAAAGUGGUGAACAUAUAUGUGGUGAACAUUCAAAAUGUAAAAAUAUUUUUGGUGCCUAUCAAUGUGUAUGUGAUCCUGGUUUUCUAGCAACUGAAGAUGGAUGUGUAGAUGAUAAUGAAUGUGAAAAAGAAACUGCAUUAUGUGGAAAAUAUUCAUUAAAAAAUGAGACAACUGAUUGUAUUAAUAUUAUUGGUAGUUAUGAAUGUAAAUGUAAAAAUGGUUAUUUUGGAAAUCCUGGAACUUUAGAAGGUUGUGUUGAUAUUAAUGAAUGUACAAGUAUUGAAAAUGUAUGUGGACAACAUUCAACAUGUAUUAAUAAAGCAGGUGGUUUUAAUUGUGAAUGUGACGAAGGAUAUGAAAAAAUAAUGUCCAAUUCUACAUCAUGUAUAGAUAUGAAUGAAUGUCUUCAUAAUCCAUGCCAUCCAGCAGCUAAAUGUACUAACUUACCAGGGACAUUUAACUGUGAAUGUAAUGAAGGUUUUAUUGGUAAUGGAGUAGAUUGUAAAGAAACUAUUCUCUAUUCACCUAAUAAUAUUGAAAAUAUAUUACAAAUUGAGCAUAUAGAAAAUGAUACUAAAGAAAUUACAUUAAUACCUAAUUUAAUAAUAUUUGGAAAUAAUUAUGAUAAAGCAUAUAUUUCCUCUAAUGGUAUUAUAAGUUUUGGUAAUAAAAAAAUAUCAUUUCAAGAGUUGGAUAAAAAUUCAAUUGCUAUUAUACCAUUAUAUCAAAUUUUUAAUCUUAAAAAUUCUGGUAAUAUUUAUGUAAAACAUCUUACAUCUAAUGAAUCAUCUUCUAAAUCUUUUAUUUCACGUAGUAAUUAUAAUAUUUACCAACGUUUUAAUGAUCAUAAUUUUCAUACUGAUUCUAUGUAUAUUAUUACUUUUGAUAAUGUUAUUAACCAACUCAAAACACAACCAUUUACUUUUCAAGUUAUAAUUGCAUCAGGUAAUAAUAAAACAUAUCUUACAAUGUUAUAUGAAGAAAUAGGAACAUUAGAUAAUUCCAAUAACCAAGCUAAAGCUGGAAUAUUUAAUAAAGGCAAUUUUUAUCAAUUAACUACUAAUUUAUUAAUAUUAAAAAGUAAUAUUAAACAACCUGGAAAAUGGAUUUUUAGAAUUGAUGAAUCUAUUAUAAUACCAUGUCCUAUAGGUUCAGAUGAAACACCAUUUUGUACAUCUACAUGUAAACCUGGUUUCUUUGGUAUAAAUUGUCUCAAAAAAUGUAACUGUGCAGAUGAUAUACCAUGUGAUUAUAUUACAGGAUAUUGUAGUAAUUUAAAAUGUAAUAAAGGAUUUAUGGGUCCAGAUUGUCAAAUUGAUAUUGAUGAAUGUGAAACUGGAGAACAUUCAUGUCAUAAAGCUGCAUAUUGUACUAAUAAAAUUGGAUCAUAUCAAUGUCAUUGUCCAUUAGAUAUGAUUGGAGAUGGUAUUUCUUGUGAACCUAUUAAUCCAUGUAUAGAAACUUAUGGUAAAAAUUGUUCAAGUAAUGGUAUAUGUCUUACUUUUAAAAAUGAAAAACCAAUAUGUAAUUGUUUACAAGGUUUUACUGGUAAUGGUUUUGAAUGUCUACCAAUAACAUCUUUAACAUCUUCUAUACUUAUAACAACUAGUAAACCAAAAAACACAACAAUUUUACAAGGUACAUUAACAAAAAAAUUAACACCCCCUCCUAAAAUUACACUUUCUGUUAACGCAACAUUACCAUUAAAUGUUGUAGAUCCAAAUGAAGUACAAUUAAAAAGUAAUUUAGUUACAAAUGGUGUUCCAACUAGUAAUAAUGGUAAAUUACAAACAUUGGAACCUCUUGCAAUACCAACAAUUGUUUCUAUAAAAGAAAAUACUCCUAUUAAUCCAAGAAUUAUUAUUACAAGUACAUUUAAACCAAAAAUAAGUGAAGAGGAAGCUAAAGUUUUAUUAUCGGGAGCUAAAGCAUCAGAAAUUGAGGGAACAUUUAAUGUUCUUCUAUUUAUAUCUACUGUUGUCUUUGCUGUUAUCUGGAUAAUAGUUGCUAUUGCUGUUAUUGCUACUUGUUGCCAACGACAUUCCAGAUCUCAUCGUCAAAAAUAUGAUACAACAAUUAUGCAUAACUGGUCUGCUACUACAGCAACACAAGCUGCUUAUACAAGUCCCAGAAAUAAUAAUUACUCUAAUUUUGCUUAUACUUAA